AUGGUAGUGGUGCUUUUUUGCACUAGACAAAAUAAGUUAGACCUUUCAGGAUUGACAUCUAACAUAAUCAAGGACAAAAAUGUAUUGCAAAUUGGCAUACUUUGUACUCUUGUGGGAUGGAAUGAAGCGGAAGAAGCCGACAUCAUUUCAUUACCCUAA